GGAACUGAAAGCGAAAGGAGAAACUUUGUUAUUUUCGAGUUGCUGGCUGUUCACAAUUGUGAUGCCAGCUUUAUUACUUUUAUCUUAGUGCACAGCUACAACAAAAAAUGAAAUUUCAAGAGACCUAAAUUCAUAAUAAUAAAAAAAGAGACAAUGAGUAAAGCAGUCACUAGUCUAACAUGGCAGUUGGCCUCGCAGCUGAUGUUACAUAACCGCACAAUUUUGUUUCGUUGUUGUCACACCAAGCAUGUCAAAAAACGAGAAGAAAAACUAUCCUCACCUUUCUUUGUCACUACCCCAAUAUUCUAUGUCAACGCAGCCCCACAUAUAGGCCACCUCUACACUUGUCUACUCGCUGAUGUCGUCACACGUUGGAAUAAAUUAAAAGGAAACCCCACAUUUUUUUCUACGGGCACAGACGAGCAUGGACUCAAGAUCCAACAAGCAGCAGCAACUCAAAAGUUGGAGCCAGAAGAAUUUACUUCACAGAUAGCGAAACAAUUUAUAAACAUGUUUGAUGCGGCUGGUCUUCAGUACGACAGGUUUAUCAGAACCUCAGAGCAAGCUCACAUCGAGGCUGUCCAGGCAUUCUGGACCAGGCUGUAUGAGCGAGGUCACAUCUACCCCAGUAGUUACGCGGGCUGGUACUCGGUGUCUGACGAGGCUUUCCUCUCCGACCUCGAUGUGGAGGAUAAAUCUCUUCCUGACGGCUCAACUGUCAAGAUCUCCAAGGCCAGUGGUCACCCAGUGACGUGGUUUGAAGAGAACAACUACAUGUUCCGCUUGUCAGAGUUUCAACAAGCCCUGACCCUGUGGCUCAACUCUUGCUCUAUAGUACCACAUCAUUUUGAACCCAUCGUGCGACACAUGAUUCAAAGUCUCCCAGAUUUGUCAGUCACAAGAGACAGAAGUCGUGUCCCUUGGGGAAUUCCAGUGCCUAAUGAUGACACUCAAACAAUCUAUGUCUGGCUAGACGCACUGGUCAACUACUUGACGGUCACUGGCUACCCCAACACCAACUGGGGCCCCUGGCCUCCCUCCUGUCAGAUCAUCGGCAAAGAUAUUUUAAAGUUCCAUGCUGUAUAUUGGCCAGCUUUUUUAAUAGCAGCAGGCUACAAGCCGCCAGAAAAGCUUGUCGUCCACUCUCAUUGGUUGGUCGAUAAUGUCAAGAUGUCCAAGAGUCUGGGCAAUGUGAUUGAUCCAGUGGACAAAAUGCAAAUCUUUGGCGUGGAUGGAUUGAGGUUUUUUCUACUGAAAGAAGGAAGCAUAGAGUCGGAUUCCUCCUACAGUGAGAAGAGAAUGGUGGAGAGACUCAACACUGACCUGGCCAACACGCUGGGCAACCUUUUGGGGAGACUGACAGCGCCCUCUGUCAACAAGACUCAAAGCUUUGUGGCCUUGAACCCAGAUCACAUGUUUGAAUUUUUGACAGUAGAGGAGAGAGAGUUCUUCAAGUCGACCUAUGACCUUGCAGAGCAAGUAGAUUUCCUGUACAGGGAUUUGAACCUGGGUAAGUGCAUCAGCCUGAUCUUCUCUCACCUGCACUGGGCCAACACCUUAGUGCAGGGGCACCAACCCUGGCAGCUGAGCCAGUCCACGGACCCAGCAGACACAGCUCACCUCCAUGUUGUUCUACACGUUGCUAUGGAAACGCUGAGAGUUUGUGGCAUUCUGCUGCAGCCCAUCAUCCCUAGCAUCACACAAAAACUUUUGAACAGACUAGGGGUACCUGAGAAUGAGCGGAGUUACAGCAAUGCCUGCACCCCUGCACUAUCCGGGUACAAAAAGUUGGGACCAAAAGAAAUUCUUCAGAAAAAAAUUAUCCUGGACACAUCAGGUGAUUUAACUAAAAACUAAAAUCUUGGUGGAAUAUUGUCAAUGGUUUCAUCGCUAAAAAACACAUGCUUACUGAGACGGCAAAUUGUCCAUAACAACUUGUAGAAUGUCUGUAAUAAUUAGUAGAAUGUAAUUAUUGUAAUAAUUUUUUGAAUGUCUGUAAGAAUCUGUCGAAUGCCUUUAACAAGUAUGCUGUGAUUUUCAAAGUUUUUCAAAUAAAUUUUGUAUUAUA